AUGAAGUGGAGGAGGAUUGUGAUCUUUGCCAUCCUGCAGGCACAGCUCCCCGUUACAGAUGCUGUACCGAUUCUUGGACUGACAGACCCAAGACUCUGCUACUUACUGGAUGGAUUCCUCUUCAUUUACGCGGUCAUCAUGACAGCCCUUUUUGUGAAAGCGAAGCUUAGCCAGGCCUCUGGACCACAGCUGCAACCAGGCCAGGAUGAUGUGUAUAAUAAACUGUCUCGUGGACAGAGGGAUGAAUAUGAUGUUCUGGGGGCAAAGCGAGGUGCAGACCCUGAGCUGGGCGGGAGACACCAGCAGAGAAGAAGGAACCCUCAGGACACUGUCUACACUUCGCUGCAGAAGGACAAGAUGGGCGAGGCAUACAGUGAAAUCGGAAUGAAGGGAGAGCAGCAGAGGCGGCGAGGCAAAGGGAAUGAAGGUGUCUACCAGGGACUCAGUACAGCGACCAAGGACACUUACGAUGCUCUCCAAAUGCAGCCUUUGCCCCCCCGCUAA